CCUAUAGUAGACUACUUACUCUGUCUAUCACCAGAUGAACACCACUGUACAAUAGCAUAUCCCUAGUCUCGAAUCGAGAUAUAUAUAUAUAGAAUGGCUUUCCAGACCACACGGCCGUCUUCCACACUUCUAGUCCCCUCCAGACGGCCUCUUGCCGUCCCCAACAACCCCACCCUUUCUAACACGACCGGUACAUUCCCGCCGAUACGUAUUUGUUCAACAUCAACUUCUAUGUCCACAUCGACCGUGGCGGAAUCCAAAUCUAAAUCCAAAUCCAAGGCCAAGUCUAACUCAGAGAAUCAGCACGUGGAGCUAAACUCUCGGCCUACGACUGUCGAGUAUGAUUUCUCGUCCCGUCCGCAGCCGUUCUUGGAUCCGGCGUUGUGGGAGAACGUGAAGGCGGUGGAUCGGCUGCGGAGGGAGGGCGAAGGGGUCGGGGAGGGAGACGUUUACGUGAAAGAGAAGGAGGAGGAGUUGAGGAGGAAGAGGGCGAGGGAGGCGGAGUUUGGAGAGAUGGCUGUUCGGGGGAGGAUGGGGAGGUGGAAGUGAUUUCC